GCACACAAUUCUGGAAUAUCUGAAGUUUUUCGGCCGCAUGAUUGGUGAUGUAGUGAUCGGUGAAAACUGACAAAUCUGAGUUUUCUUUUGCAGCACCGGAUGGCAAUAAUCAGCCGCUGCAAAUACUUUCGAUGGUUCGUUUCAGCUUGCAUUUUUGCCUGGAUUCAACUGCCUCGCAUUUUUGUUGGAGACCCGUCAUGGUCUCAGAGAAAGAUUGGAGGCAGCGAUUGCAGGGCUUACGUUCAGGACAAGUUAGGUCCCGCUUCUAUGUCCUCUUUGGAGAAACUCGAGGUUUUGAGAGAAGAUACAAGAAUCCAAAGGGUCGUGGUGAUUUUUCGCCAUGGUCACAAGGAAAUUGUUGAGAAAAAUGCUUUCCUUCCAGAUGAAAUUUUCUGGCGGUUGCAGCAGGAAGCAAGUUUGACAGAAGUGGGUCGGCGGCAAGCGCAGGAGUUGGGAAAACAGUUGCAAACUCGAGGCCUGGAUGCAGCCAAUGUUGAGUGGGUGGAGCUUCUUAGCAGCGAAGCACCGAGAUGCAUCGACACGAUGUUGGCCGUUCAAGAAGCAUCCAACCCAGGUCACCCGGGCCACUCUGUGAAGACUGUGAAGACCGAAGCCGCCUGGAUGAACGCCACUCACAGACCUAGAGAGGAGAAGGAAGCAGCAGAUGAGAUGAGGGCUAUUGGUUGGCAGUCAAUCAUGGAACGCUUGUCCUCUGGUGAGCGGAUCACUGGAUACUUGUCAUUGGAUGAAGCCGUGCAAAAACUCAGGAACACAUCAUUGACAGUGAAACGUCGGCCAAAUGAUCCAAAUGUGGGUGCUUCAUUGAAACCUUUGGAAAUGAUUUUGGUGUGCACACACGAUGUGAUUCUGUAUGCCCUUGCAACUUGGUUCAUGGAAGGUAUGGCCCCCAACAAACCAGACUUUCUGGAAACUGCUUUGUGGUGGCAAGAAGGAGGCCAAGAACAUUUCUAUUACGGCUCGCAAGAAUUUGUGAAGAAGUGUCCAAGUUCUUAGGCCUUGGAACAACUUGGAACAACUUGGAAUCAAUAUGUCUUGUCGCAGACUAUGCAUUUCAUGUAUCCAAAAGGCCACGAGGGGCUGCGAGGACAUGGAACUACUGGGCACAGCCAUUGCGUUUCAAAUUUGCCACUUGAGAUGAGUUGCUAGUGACUGUUUCAGGACUAGUUCAAGUUGGUGUGCUGCGAUCUUCACUGGAGUGGCCCAGAGCCUUCGGGCUUUGCGCAGUGGUUUCCAAAGACAGUUUUCUACAAAGAAAC